CAGCAGCUACAAGCCAUAUUUGGAUACCCAAUAUCCCGGAUGUACAAUUUUGGGGUUGCUGAGGACAGGGAUCGAUUUCUGGUCGUAGGGUAGAAAACCGCAGAAAAUUAGCCAAAAUGGGGAACGAAUCAUCCCUUCCAGAAAUGUGUACACACUUCGACCCGGAGGAAAUCCGCAGGUUAGGGAAGCGGUUUAAGAAGCUGGACUUGGACAACUCUGGGUCUCUAUCGGUUGAGGAGUUCAUGUCAUUACCAGAGCUGCAGCAAAACCCGCUAGUCCAACGGGUCAUCGAUAUUUUCGACCAAGACGGCAAUGGAGAGGUGGACUUUAAAGAGUUUAUAGAGGGCAUGUCGCAGUUUAGUGUGAAAGGCGACAAGCAGUCAAAACUCAGAUUUGCCUUUAAGAUUUAUGACAUGGACAAAGAUGGGUACAUCUCGAACGGAGAGCUGUUCCAGGUGCUGAAGAUGAUGGUGGGCAGCAACCUGAAGGACACACAGCUGCAGCAGAUCGUCGACAAAACCAUCAUCAAUGCAGACAAGGAUGGUGAUGGGAAGAUUUCGUUUGAAGAAUUUUGUGAAGUCGUUGGAAGUAUGGAUAUCCACAAGAAGAUGGUGGUCGAGGUGUAAUACUCAACAGUUUUAUGUUCAGCUCUUUCACCCACUAAACCAACUUUGUGUAACUCUCAACUUUGUACAGUAUUCUGUCAUCCUUGCAACUGGUGUCACAAAGGUUCUGUAAGCUUUAUGUUUCUGUUGUACAUGUCAUUUGGUACAUGUUAUUGUUGCUGCAUAAUUUAUGUUGUUUUCCAAUCUGGGGAGGCCACCAAGACUACUCUGACGAUAAAGAAAUGUCUCAGGUUGAAAUUUCACAGGAUAUACUCUGUUGUGCUAAUGGGAAGUUUUCAAAAUGUAGUGAGGAACUCCCGAAGGGUAUAAUGUCUAGAUACCUGCAGACAAAGUUUUAAAGCAAUACAGUUACUUGACUUGCCAAGCUAUGUAUGGUUGGGUGCUUGGGUGUGAAAACAGAUUUAAAUCUCACAUUAAGUUAGCCUUUGUUCACCAUCCAAUUACACAUAAGGCUUGAAAUCAAUGCUGUUUUCUGCUACUGGGAAACUGCUUUGAUAUCAAGACUGAUUCCUGCUGAAAUAGAACACUUUGACCCUUUCCCAUCCUGCAUGCCAAUGCUCUAGUGGCUGCUUGGGACUACAUGUACUAUAGAACAACUCAAUCCAAGUACCCCUCACAUUUAGUAGUAUCCAGUAUUUCAUCAUACUGCAGUGAGAGUCCCUGGUUGAGCAGUUGGCUAGUCUUGAACACCUUCCAGGUGGAUCUAGACAACCAAACAGCUGACCAUCUAUAAUCUGGAGCUUGGCAUAUUUGUUUGGGUAACAGAAGCCACUUGUUUCAAAAGUCCUCAAAAAUGUUAUGAAUCAACAGUCUUAACCUCCCUGUGGUGUGCGAAUCCAACAAUAUAGAUUUAUAACAUUUAGGUUUUUAGUCGGCAGUCUGGGCAAAGGCAGGGAAGGAUGGUUUUUGUUGUAAAUUACAUGUAUUACCAGUAGUCAUUACUGAGUGCCAAGUAGAUUAUCCUGGCUAUGAAGACAGUUUCAACUGUAGAAGGGCACAGUGGAAAGAUGAACGUUGCAGACCUUGUUAUAGCAAUAUCUUACUUUGCUAUGGAAAAUGCAUAUCUACAAUCGUGAGUAGCACCACUAUUAACAGUUGAUAACUACUUGUUAGAUUCUUCCAAUGGACGUUUUUCUACCACCAUCUGUGGACAUCCAGUAGUUCCAAUGUCACGAGAGAAUCUGGGUAACUGUGAGACAGUUUGUUAACAUAAUGCGUACAUACUUCCAGCAUUGAAGAGAAUAGUUGUGCUGUGUCACAAGACAAAUUUUAUAGAAUGUAUCACGCAUUUUAACCUACCUAAAAGACAAUGUUGCUGAAACGCUCAAAUUUGCUCAAUCCAAAUGUGCUUUUUUCAAUUCCUAAGACAUAUCCCUCAAAAAGUGUGCACUACAUGAAAUCACCAUUUUUUGUAUAUAAUAAUACAAAAAACAAUAACUUAGUUUGUAAAUUUCCUUUGGUCAUUUGUGGCUUGUCAAGGAAGUAUUGUUUUGUUGAAUUCAGUAUUGUGGAAUGUUAUGAGUAGAAUUUGAUGGUGGAGGGUAUUUCUGAACUUAAUGUUAACUUUGUGGUUAGGGUAAUGUUUGUAUAUAUUGUGCGUGUCAGUGCCGCUGUCCUGUAUAACCUAGAAACUGUUCUCCCAAGUACGCUGACAACUUUAAUAUAGCAGUUGAAACCACUUUUGCCAUGGGCUGUUUAUACGGAAAACACGAGGCAGUGACUGAACCUGAAUGACGUUUCUACAACCAAACAAGUUUUACGGGGGGCAAAAGUGGAAUUCAUGGGCUUGUCGUCUUUUAUUACAUUGGCAUCUAUAGCUCUUUCCAGAGAAGCAUUUUGGAAGUUAUCUGCUUGCAGAAAAUACAGCAUUGAUGCAUUUCCUCCAUAGCCUCAGAGCAGCGUGGUAACCAUGGCUAGAUGCCAGACUGGCUCCAAAACACACAAGAAAUAAACUAAGAUUGGAAGUCCCUGAAUUCCAGCUUUGCCAAACCAAGGAGCUUAAUAGUAACCCUCCUUGGUAAAGCAGGAAAGACCAUCUUGAACAGAGCAGGGGUGGCAGCAAGGUUGGCAGAAGAGAAAAUUAUAUAUGUAGUCAGACUUGCAUGCUUCAUAUUGUCAAGAGAAGAGAAUAUUGAUUAAUAAACAAAUAAUUGUAAUACUUUAAUUCUAAUACAAAAAGUAAAAGUGAUUUGUCUGGU